AUGACUUCCCGACCACUGUCCUCGUCAACAGGAAAACCCCCACCUUCAGAACCACGGCCAAGUUCUUCAGUUCUUGUGGUUUCACCAGUCAAUGAGGUGCUACUUCUUCACCGCGUGCACACAUCCACAUCGUUUGCCUCGGCGCAUGUCUUCCCUGGUGGGAACUUAGACCCUUACCAUGAUGGUUACAUCCCCGCCGAAGACUCGCCAGAGAGGCAUCAUGACGGUCACGCUUACAGGAUAGGCGCUAUCAGAGAGACGUUCGAAGAGACGGGUAUUUUGUUAGCCAAGAAGGAUAAUGAGCUCAUAAACUUGAGCAGUGAGGAUAGAGAUCGGGCAAGGAAACAGAUACAUAACAACCAGAUCAAGUUUAUGGACUGGCUGAAGUCUUUAGGCGCUGAGCCAGAUCUUGACGGCCUUAUCCCCUUUACGCGGUGGAUCACACCAGCAAUCAACACCAAACGCUUCACCACUCAGAUGUAUCUCUACAUGCUCCCGCAAUCACGCAAAGACAUGCCUUCAGAGAUGCUCAUCCCAACACCCGACAACGGCGUUGAACACACAGCCGCUCUCUUUGCACCCGCUAAAUCCUUCCUCUCACGCGCCGCCACAAACAGCAUUAUUCUCUUCCCACCACAGGCAUAUCUUCUUACCCUCGUCGAUGAAAUCUUCCAAGAAUUGAAUCAAUCUUUAGAAACACCUGACCCCCAACAGAUCACAGUGCAGCGAAAUAAGCUACUCACUUUUCUAGAGAAAGUACCCACUGCGGAGACAGCAAAGGGCCAGGACCAUAAGACAGCUAUGAUUCCGUGGGGCGACAAAGUUAUGAGCCCGCAUAAUCUGUUUAUAAGGAAACAAGACAAAAGGAUUGUUUUGGGGCUAGAUAAGCCAGGUCCGGAACUUAGAGGCUCGGAUAGAGGAGGUGAUUGGGAACGUGUGGUUCUUGUAAACUUUGGCAAAGGCGGGCCUAGUGAUGUCGAAGUUCGCAGGCGAGAAGACGUCCUGAAGGAAGAAAGGAAGGGUAAAGAUGACGAGGUGAAGUUGUGA